AUGUCAGAUCAAAUCCCUUAUGAACAGCAACUCGGUUACUUAGAGGCACGAGUGCAGCAACAAUCCCCGGCACAACAAGAACAGCCGCAACCACAGGAACCAACCGCCGAACAAUUAGAGCAAGAACAGAGACGAUUACAAGAACUCGAUGCUGUUCUUCAUGAACAAGAUCACAACACGUACACCCGACCAAAUCUUGACGCUUCAAACACAUCAGCUAGAUCAUCUAAUGCCCCAUCGGCAGAGCAAUUGGCUGAAGAGAGAAGAGACUCAGAUGCGAGGUCCAUUUACAUUGGUAAUGUAGAUUAUCAAGCAACGCCUUUAGAAUUGCAAGAACACUUUUCACCAGCAGGUAUAGUUAACAGAGUGACAAUUAUGACAAACAAAAUCACUGGACAGCCUAAAGGCUUUGCUUAUAUGGAGUUUAGUGAUGUCGAGGGUGUAAAUGCAGCGGUAAAAGAAUUGGAUGAUUCAGUUUUCAGAGACAGACGUUUAAAGGUAUUACCAAAAAGGACAAACAUCCCAGGGAUUAAUGCUAAUAGAGGCGGCUUUAGGGGCCGCGGGCGCGCUGGUUUUAGAGGCAGGGCUGGGUUUAGAGGACGUGCUGGGUUUAGAGGAAGGGGGCGUGGAGCUCCAAGGUUUAAUCCGUAUUGA